AUGUUUUUCCAACCAGAUUCAACUACAUCUUCAAAAUCACUAAAUCUCAAAAUUAGAAUGUCAGUUGAUACAACCACCGAGAAAUUGAUAGAAAAAAUCAAAAAUAAAUCUCAUCAACUUGAUCCAACAACUCAAUCAAAUUAUACAAAUUUUAAAGUAAAUAAUACUCAAUUAACUUUAAAUGUUUCAUUUGAUUCUAAAACUAUCAGUGGGAGUGUAAAAUAUGAUUUAACUAAUAAAACUGGUAAUAAUGAACUUACACUUGAUACUAAAGCAUUAAUUAUCAAAAAAGUAUCCGUUAAUGAUUCAGAAAUUUCAUUCAAAUUAUCGAACUCACAUUCAAUUUAUGGAUCAUCAUUACAUAUUCCAAUCCCAAAAGAUUCUUCACUCAAAGUAGAAAUUGAAUUUGAAACUACAGAUAAAUGUACAGCUAUACAAUUCAUUCAAGGAGAUACUGGUCCAUAUGUCUUCUCACAAUGUCAAGCUAUUCAUGCAAGAAGUUUAUUUCCAUGUUUUGAUACACCAGGUGUGAAAUCUCCGUAUAAAUUUAUAGGUAAAUCACCAGCAAAAGUUACAAUGUCGGGUAGACCACAACCAUCAACUGAACAAAACACUUACCACUUCAAUCAACCAAUUCCAAUUCCUUCAUAUUUAGUUUCUAUAACUUCAGGAUAUUUACAAAAAGCACCAAUUGGUCCAAGAUCCGAUGUUUAUUGUGAAGAACCAAACCUAAAAAAAUGUCAAUGGGAAUUUGAACAAGAUAUGGAAAAUUUUUUACAAAUUGCUGAAUCCUUAGUAUUUGAUUAUGAAUGGGAAAGAUUUGAUUCUUUAGUUUUACCUUCAAGUUUUCCUUAUGGAGGUAUGGAAAUUCCAAAUAUGACUCAAUUAACUCCAACAUUAAUAUGUGGUGAUCGUACACAAGUUACAGUUAUGGCUCAUGAAUUAGCACAUUCUUGGUCUGGUAAUUUAGUUACUAAUUGUUCUUGGGAACAUUUUUGGUUAAAUGAAGGAUGGACUGUUUAUUUAGAAAGAAGAAUUGUUGGUGCUAUUGGAGCUCAAGAAGCUAGAAAUUCUGGAAAAUCAGAUGAAGAAGCUAUAAAAAUUGGUGAACAAUUAAGACAUUUUGAAAUAAUUGGUGGUUGGAGUGCAUUAGUUGAUACUUGUGAAACUUUUGAUUCACAAUUUACAAAAUUAGUUUGGGACUUAGAUGGUAAAGACCCGGAUGAUGCAUUUUCAAGAAUUCCAUACGAAAAAGGGUUUUUUUUAUUGUUUCAAUUGGAAAAUAAAUUAGGUGGUGUUAAAGAUUUCGAUCCUUUUAUUAAGUACUACUUCAAAAAAUUUAGAUAUCAAUCAUUAAACACUGCACAAUUUAUUGAAACAUUAUAUGAAUUUUAUGAACCAAAAGGUAAAAAAUCAAUAUUGGAUAAUAUUAAUUGGGAUAAAGAAUUAUUUGAAUCUGGAUUACCUGAAAAACCAGUAUUGGAUACUACAUUAGCUGAUCAAGUUUAUUCAUAUGGUGAUAAAUGGGUUGAAUUUAUUAAAAAUAAUGAUAACUAUGAUAAUAUACCUUUUACACAAGAAGAUAUAAAAUCAUUUAAAGGAGAACAAGAUAUGUUAUUUAUAGAAUAUUUGGUAGAAAAAUUUAAAUCACAAAAAGUCUCAUCAGAAUUAAUUCAAAAAUUCCCAUCAAUUUAUCCAAAAUAUGCAAAUAGUCAAAAUGGUGAAAUAUUAUCACCAUGGAAUGAAUUAUUAAUAAUUAAUGGUAAUUAUAAAUCAAAUGAUAAAAUUGUACAAGAUUUUAGUAAAUGGUUAGGUAAAACUGGUAGAAUGAAAUAUGCAAGACCUGGUUAUAAGGUUUUGAAAAAUGGUAUAAGUUUGAAAUUUGCAAUUGAACAAUUUAAUAAACAUAAAGAUUUUUAUCAUCCAAUUUGUAAAAGUAUGAUUGAAAAAGAUUUAGGUUUAAUUUAG